CGCGUCAGCAUAGAGCCCUGUUAUAAAGCGGCGGUUGGCAACGUCGCAACUGGCCUCCAGAUAACACGAGCCGGAGCAGUGGGGUCCGAAUGAGAAGAGGAAGAAUGGGGGGAAUCAUAAAGCUCCAACAACAGACCAUACUCCGUAGUACGUGCGAAUGCAGUUUAGAGGAGAGGUUCGCGCGCAACAUCUCGUCAAGGAAAAUCAUCGAGAUUCGCAUCUGCGUCUUAUUUGCGCCGCUGCCACGCGUUUCUCUUUGGAACCGUCUACUCCCUUCAGGAAAGUCGACGUAUCCGCAACAUACUCUUCGAAGGUGCGAAGAGGAGGUACGUAGCUCGACGAACGUCUAGUUUCCGUUUGUCACUCUCUCAGACGCGACGAGGACUCGACGACGAGCCAUCCGUUUGGAGGGAAACGUGGAAAAGGACCCUAUCGAUCCGAUGCACUUCUCGAACUCGUAUCUCGUUCGUUUCGACGGCGAAGAUCUCGCGAAUGGACGUCUCGAAUCGGUAUCUCGUCACGAAGUACUCGCGAGUGUACUCGUCGUUCAACUGCCUGUGAUCGAACCAAGUUUGAUUAUUAUUGACUGAACGAAGAAAAAAUAGCAAAAAGUCGACGGAGACAUGGCGGAAAACAAAGUAUUCACGCGUAGCGAGAUCGCAGAAAUCAAAGAUUUGGAUAAAAACAUUUUCAUCUUGCACGACAAAGUAUACGACGUCCAUAGCUUUCUCAAUGAGCAUCCAGGUGGCGAGGAGAUUUUGGUAGAUCACAAAGGCAUAGACGCCUCCGAAGACUUCGACGAUGUCGGGCAUUCGAAAGAUGCGAUGGAGCUGAUGAAGAAAUAUCAAGUCGGCGUGCUCGCUGAAUCGGAAAAGACGAACAAAUCGCCGAAGAAGGGCUGGGUAGCAGGAUACAACAAAGUGCCGGAACAGAGCGAAGGACCCAGCAUGCUUCUCUAUCUAAUCAUGGGCGGAAUCGCAGUCGUAGUAGCCUUUUAUUACGUGUUUUAAUCGAUCCGUGAGGCUUAAUCUGCGAGAAUGUUGUGUGAUAUGUGAUGUGUGAUCUCGAAGGUGUAAGGUAUUAGAACAAGAGAAUUUAGUCUUCAAUGCCGUUAAGAAAUCCAAAACGUAUCUUAAUUUUAUUAUCUUCUUCAAGGGGAAAAAGUCUUACUUUUUGUACAUGGUAAAAUGUCGUUAUAGAUUCGAUUAAUGUUAUUAUUUUUAAUAUUUUUAAUAUCUAAACAUUGUUAAUUCAACUAGAAUCUGUAAAUCUGCAAUAUGUUUUUUAUAUGGAGAAUAUAAAUGUAAAAAUUAGAAUCAAUCGCUAAAAUUAUAUAUACCAAUGUCAAUUUUUAAAUGAGUUAGCAAUAUUUUUUGUGCAAUUAAAGUUGUAUAUUUCCAUCGAUUAACUUUGAUCAAGCAAUGUUACGUAAAUCAUUAAACAAAACAAGUUUUAUCUAACAUCUUAUCUCGUAUAAUACAAUUAUGUCUGUAUGUGUUACAAAUUGCUUUAAUUUUAAAGCAGUUUGCGUGUCAUUGCUCUAUCAGAUUGCUUACGUAAGUGUAUACAUCUGACAAAAAGCACUGGAAAUAUAUGCUCAAGAUAUUGUAAAAAAAUUCCUAAGAAUAUAUAAAAAUAUAUAUUUUGUAUAUGUGUGUGUGUGUGUGUGUGUGUGUGUGUGUGUGUGUGUGUGUGUGUAUGUGUAAAGAUUUUAUUUAAUUUUGAUUCGAUUAUAAAGCCACAAUAAUGUCAAAAUUGUGAAAAUAUUAAUAUACUUCAAUUAAAAAUAUCAAUUUUUUAAAUAAAAUGUUUCAUCGUAGCGUAACAUUUAAAAAACUGCAGAAUAAAUAGAAAUUACAAAAUAAGUCGAAAUAGAUUAUAGCGCGAUAUAAGCUAUACAAAAUGUUUAAAUGUGAAAUUUACUCUAACCAAUUCAACGAAUUAUUUUCGACAAUAUUAGUUCAAUAUGUUAUUAAAAAUUUUUAUCACUAAAUUUUUUAUCUAAAGAAUGCAAAUCUUUCGAUCUAAAUAAUGCUAUCUAUGUUUUAUAAAAUGUAUUUUUGAAAUGUAUAGCACUAAUAUACUUCUUGGAAAAAAGUAAAAUAAGAACACAAAUCCGUCAUCUAUAGAUAUACUUAUCUAAAUAUAUACUUCUACUUACUAACGAUAAACUUAUUGUUAAUUUUCAUACGGUUUAAACGUAGGCGUUUUUUAAGCAUUGGUAAAAAUUUUCGAGGCAGAAUAAAUUAUGACGUUUUGCUUCUUGUUUCUGCAAACUAUUAUAAAAUGACACGUAAAGGAUCGCUAAAAAAAUUGUGAAUUUUCACACUCCAUUACAUAUUUCUUAUUUAAUUUUCCCACGAAAAUAUACGAGUCAAUGAAUCGUAGAUGAUUGAUUGCGAGAAUUAAAUAUUUUAUUAAUAAAAUCAAGUACGAACUGGUUAACUGGAAUGUAAGAAUUUAACAACGCGAUAUGUGAAAUCAAGGAAGAUUGAUUGAUUGCGCAUUUAUUACUACUUUAGGACAAGCAAUCUAAGAACAUUUAUCGAGCGGAAAGAAGAUACAGUGCUAAAAAGAAAGAGGGAAAGAACGUGGGAGAAUCGACAAAACUCAAUUCAAGGCUAAAUAUGAUACCUACAUAUGUUGUUCGCGAACGUAUACAUUUUAUCCAACAAAGUAGUAUGAAGAAUAAUUAUACCUUUACAUGUUGUUUGUCUACAUUGUAUCGGGCAAAAAAUACUUUUUCAAGUGCAAGUGCGUGAGCUAUUAUUGGGCUAUCGAAUAAAAGCUUCUAUUGUAUU